GAGAAAGAGAAAGAGGGAGCGGACAGAGGAGAGCAAAACAGUUGUUUUUCUAAGCCCAGGGCUCACACAGAGACGUGUCUCACGAAAAGAGAGGGAAGAUUGUUUUUUGUUUUCUUCUGUCAAUUUUCUCACACUGGAUCAUACGGAAUAAAAACCUUGUGAAACUGGGAUUUUCUUCAAUCUGAACUCAACUGUAAAACAGAUUUAACCUCAGACUGAUUCUUCUUGUGGGACUCGUUCUAUUUGGAUCCUACUAGUUGUCUGGUGUGGAUAUAAUACCAGUCUGUCUCUGAGAUGGGGUCCAGAACCCUUCUACUGGUUCUGGGUCUUCAUUUCACUCUACUGGGGAACAUAGAGGCCAGAGUUUGCGGCCUGGGCUUCACAGCCAAGGGUCAACAAUGUGAUGAUACAGAUGAGUGUAAAGAGUGGGACAAUACCUCACCCUGUGGAAGUAAUGCCGCGUGUUUCAACACAUGGGGAAGCUUCUACUGUCACUGUCUACCUGGGUUCAGAUCCACAACGACUUUCAAGUUUACUCCUUUCGCUGGGGAGUGUAAGGACCUCAAUGAGUGCCUGGAGAACCCACCGGUUUGUGGCAGCAACACCAUUUGCCUCAACACCAUCGGGAGCUUCAACUGCCAAUGUCAACCUGGGUUCAGAGUUACUGACACUGGACACUGUGCAGACAUAGAUGAGUGUAAUGAGAUCGCUGGUAUCUGUGGAGUGGGCGGGGACUGCCAGAACCAGAUAGGAAGCUACAGUUGCCUCUGUCACCCUGGAUACAGUAACUACGACAACAAACAGGCUCAGUGCUCAGUACUGACCUGUGACCAGUUCAAAGCGAAUGAGACUCCUGGACAGGUGAGUUUUACAGUACCUGGACCUGAAGUGUCCUUAUACAGCAGCUGAACCGCUAGACAUAGAAUCUCCAUUAUGGCAUC